AAUCACGAACUCGAUCUAUGUCGGAGUCAGUGGAAAGUACUACUGAACUGUCAAAAAAGUUCAUUCGACGAGGACCGAAUGCAUUCGUGAUUAUUAUUCUUCUGGUGAAAAUGGUAUUUAAGUGCCAAGAAGAUAGCUUUCUGAAGGAACAUACCUUUAAGGUGGUGGCUUGCGAGAAGGUGGCCACCGGUGGGUACAACGUUAUAUUCGACAACACAAUACUUUUUCCGGAGGGCGGCGGUCAACCCUCCGAUUAUGGAUGGCUAAAUGGACGCGAAGUAAAGAGUGUAAUUCGUAAAGGCUCUACAGCUAUACAUUUUUUGGGUGGAGAAGAAGCGCCGUUCCAGAUCGGUGAUGAAGUCCAUCAGCAGGUUGACUGGGAUCGUCGAUUUGAUCACAUGCAGCAGCAUUCUGGUCAGCAUCUAAUCACAGCUAUUUUUGAUCGUGAGUUUGGUUACAACACCAAAUCUUGGUGGUUGGGAACGGAUGAUUCCUAUGUGGAUCUGGAUGCGAAAGAUGUCACCAAGGAGCAGUUAAUCAUCAUUGAGACAAUUUGCAACCAACUGAUAGUAGACUGCACGUCUGUAAAUGUUAAAGUCUAUCAACCAGACGAUCCAGCCUUAAAAUGUGGCGUCACUCGAACUCGUGGACUCCCGGAGGACGUCAGUGGCCCACUCCGAGUCGUGACUAUUGAUGGAGUUGAAAGCAAUAUGUGCUGUGGCACGCAUGUGAACAAUUUGGCCCAGCUUCAAGCGAUAAAGUUCUUGAACGUCGAGAAAAGUAAGAACAAAUGUCUUGUGCACUUUUUAGUCGGGAAUCGAGUUUUGAAAAAGUUGGGUGAUUGUUAUGAGCGUGAAGUCCAGUUUAAUAACCUUUUGAAUGGAGGACCUGUAUCGCAUAUUGAUCUUAUCAAAAAAACUCAAGCAACUGUGAAAAACGCUCAAAAAAAUUGCAAAAAAUUCACAACCGAACUCGCUUUAAUAGAGGCCGCAAAAAUCAAUGCUUUGUUUCCGAAACCUAAGUUCUAUUCGAUCCAUCGUUUAGACGGAAUUGAUUCAGAUUUUAUUGGAACUUUUUUGAGAAAUGUGAAUGUACCAGAGUGCUUCUUCUUUUUAACUAAUGGCGAUGAGACUCGGAGAGGGCAGAUGAUUCUACAAGGGAAGGCCGAGGAUAUUACCAAAAUCGGAGACACAAUAUGUAUGAAACUGGACGGAAAAGGCAAUGGCAAGGGCACUAGAUACAAUGCCAAAGUGAACAAUUUGAAAGGUGUUCCCGAAAGCGAGAGAAUUAUUGAGGAAUACUUCUCAGUUAAAACAAUUUCUUUAGAGGAAUAAAUAAGAUUGAAGAAAUUGAGCCAACAUUUUAUUUCAAUAAAACUUGAUUGCGAUAACAUUUGCGAGCAAUGCUUAA